AUGGGCGAUUUGAAGUUUUUAACCAGACGCCGCCCUGCAAUUGCUAUCCCUUUCGAGCAAAUGGAGAGAGGCAAUGGCAGGAACCAGCAGAACCGUCUAUGUAUGUUGGCAUCCCUCUCUGCUUUCUUCUGGAUUCUCUUGCUCUACUUCCAUUUCGUUGUGUUGGGAGGCCGUACCGGUGGCGGUGAUGAAUCGUCGCUCAGAUUACAGUCCAAUCCGCCGGUGGUCGUCGAUCCCAGAAUCCCGGUCCCCGUCCGCGUAGUUGAAGAGGCCCCGCUACCCAAAAUCGCCGCCGCCAAAGAAGAAGUUGUUACCCCUCGUGUCACUGCACAGCAGCAGCAGCAGCCCAAGACUUUCCCCUUCAUGAGAGCUCUGAGAACCGUAGAGAACAAGACCGAUCGGUGCGGUGGGAGGUAUAUCUAUGUCCAUGAUUUGCCUUCUCGGUUUAAUGACGACAUGUUGAAGGAGUGCAGGAGCCUGAGUCUGUGGACCAAUAUGUGCAAGUUCACUACCAAUGCUGGCAUGGGCCCUCCAUUGGAGAAUGUGGAAGGUGUGUUCUCCAACACAGGCUGGUACGCCACCAAUCAAUUUGCCGUGGAUGUGAUCUUUAGUAACAGGAUGAAGCAAUAUGACUGCUUGACCAAUGAUUCUUCUCUCGCUGCUGCGAUUUUUGUGCCCUUCUAUGCUGGUUUCGAUAUCGCAAAGUACCUUUGGGGAUAUAACAUUUCGAGGAGGGAUGCUGCUUCUCUUGAUCUGGUUGAUUGGCUUAUGAAAAGGCCUGAGUGGAAGAUCAUGCAAGGUCGGGAUCAUUUCCUGGUGGGUGGGAGGAUUACCUGGGAUUUCAGGAGGCUCUCUGAUGAAGAAGGUGAUUGGGGGAAUAAGCUUUUGUUCUUGCCUGCUGCAAAGAAUAUGUCAAUGCUUGUUGUUGAGUCCAGCCCUUGGAAUGCAAAUGAUUUUGGGAUUCCAUAUCCGACCUAUUUCCAUCCUGCUAAGGAUGCUGAUGUGUUUGUUUGGCAAGACCGGAUGAGGAAGUUGGAGAGGAAGUAUCUCUUCUCCUUUGCUGGGGCGCCACGUCCUGGCAACCCCAAGUCUAUCAGAGGCCAGAUUAUAGAUCAGUGUAGGGGUUCUAAGGUGUGUAAGCUGUUAGAGUGUGAUUUUGGGGAGAGCAAGUGUCACUCUCCCAGCAGCAUAAUGCAGAUGUUUCAAAGCUCCCUUUUCUGUCUGCAACCUCAGGGAGAUUCAUACACAAGAAGAUCAGCUUUCGAUUCCAUGUUGGCAGGUUGCAUUCCUGUCUUCUUCCAUCCCGGGUCAGCAUACACUCAAUACACAUGGCAUCUUCCGAAGAACUUCAGUACGUAUUCUGUGUUCAUUCCGGAGGACGAUAUCCGGAAAAGGAAUGGUAGCAUCGAGGAACUGCUUAGUCAGAUUCCUCCCGAGCAGGUUCAGAUCAUGAGGGAGAAUGUUAUAAACCUCAUCCCCCAACUCAUAUAUGCAGAUCCUCGGUCGAAGUUGGAGACCCUCAAAGACGCGUUUGAUGUUGCUGUCCAAGCUGUGAUUGACAAGGUGACAAGGUUGAGAAAGAACAUCAUCCAAGGCCGAACUGAGUACGACAAUUUUGUGGAGGAGAAUAGCUGGAAGUACGCCUUGCUGGAAGAUGGCCAACGGGAGGCUGGAUGGCAUGAAUGGGAUCCGUUCUUCUCGAAACCAAAGGGCGAAAGUAGUGGUGAUAGUUCUACUGGUUCAUCAGCUGAGGCGGCGAAAAAUUCAUGGAAAAACGAGCAAAGGGAUCAGAAAUGA